AAAUCGAAGAUAUCAACCAAUUGAGCUGCUCGAGGGAUAGUAGCAAUGGCACACUGCGAAGCGGCUUCUAAGCCGAUAUUGCAAUGCCUUCGACAGGCGUAUAGAGGCCGUCUCACCGCAUCGCAAAUCCGGCUGGACCGUUCAUUCUCUUCGACCACAACUACCAACGCUGAAGCACAACCAGCAGCUCCCAAAGAGCCAUUUUACAGAGUCCUCGACCCAGAAUUGGUAUCGAGUCCUCGCCUCGAAAGGAAGAUUAUACGGGCUGGAAAGUUUCCAAUCGGUUCUCGUCGACGCCGUGCAGCGCUUCAAGGAUCACCUAACCACCCAUUCGAACAAUUACCCUUCCAAUGCUUCCAGGAGGCCCGGAAAGUCCUCCAGGAGGACCGUGAGGAGAAACUCCAGCAGAUAGAAAAAGAGAGGGCGCGGUUGGCUAGACUACGUGAAGCAGACCCGGCAACAGUUGGGGGAGAGGCACAAAAGCAAAUCAGAAUCAAAAGCAUGGAAAAACAUCUAGAGAAAUUGAAGAUCCUGGCAGACAUUAAUGACCCUCUGAUCAAGAAACGAUUUGAGGAUGGAAUGGGUGACAUGUCUCGCCCCAUUUACAGGCAUUUGGCAAACCAAAAAUGGCGGGAAUACCGACGACUGAUCCUCAUUCAGCGUCUCACUCAGAUGAAAGUCAUCCCAGAUGUGCUUGCCCAUAUCGACCCUAUCGUUGACGUGAAGCUCUUUUUUGGAAAGAAGCCAAUCCAACCCGGUGUCUUCGUCGACUCCCGCGUCAGCAUUGUCCCUCCCUCACUUGACAUCCAGUCCUUCGACAAAGGCGAAAAGCUCGUGACUAUUGCCGUUGUUGACCCGGAUAUACCAAAUCUGGAAUCGGAUAGCUUUGACAGCAAAGCCAUCUUCUUGGCUGUUAAUGUUCCUAUCUCGCCUACGUCAACCUCCGUAUCGUUGGGAGACCUUUCUAAAUCCCAGGUUGUUCUCCCUUGGACGGCACCUUAUUCGCUAAAGGGCAGCCCUUACCACAGACUUUCGGUCUUUGUGAUGGAACAGAAGGAUCAAAAGCCAUUGGACCACAAGACCGUCGCCGAGAAGGCAAACCGUGACCUUCGCCUUCGAAGCUUGGAAACCAGACACCAACUCAAGCCAAUUGGUGCAAGCCUCUUCAGGACCAGGUGGGAUGAUAACAUGGCAUCUGUCAUGGAGGAGCUUGGAAUAGAGGGUGCAGACAUUGAGCUGAAGAGGAAACGGGUUGAGCCACUUCCGUAUAAGAGAAGAAACCCAGCCUCUUUCAGAUAA